GCUCUGAAACUCUGAAAGCGGAAGAGGAAGCGCCUCAGCACUUCAAAGAUGGCGGCUCCCGCAGUGGGCCUGCUCUCUCGGUUUACAGCGCUUCUGCCUCGCUUCUUGGGAAACGCCUGGACCCGGCCUCCGUUUCGCGGACUCCGGCAGGUUGUAGAAACUAUUGAAGGGAACACCACAACGAUCGAAGGCAAAAUUAUAGAAGAUGUCAAAAGCCCAACUCCUCCAAAUCCUUUUGGAAACUGUCCUAUUUGUCGCUGGGACUUGAAACACAAGUACGAUUAUAUGGAUGUCUUACUGCUAAGUCAGUUCAUAAACUCUACAGGAAGGAUGAUACCUCGUAACAUCACAGGCCUUUGUAAAGAAGAGCACAAAAAGAUUAAAGUGUGCGUGCAAAUGGCUCACCGAGCAGGUUUGCUGCCAGAUCAUAAACCUAAAUUUCCUGAAGGUGUUGUUCCCAAACCUAAGCAAAUCCUCAACAGGUACCAUACCAGAUAUCCUAUCAAGGCUGUGAGACCCAUUUACAAGAAGGGGAGAAAAUGGUGCAAAGUUCCCAUGCCUAUAUCACAUCCAAUACUUAAAGAUAAUAUUACUUAUGGAUCAAAGCCCCUUCGUUUUAACCACUGAAGGAGAGUGCAGCUUGAGUUGACAGUAGAUGACGAUCAUUCAGACCAUCCUGUGUGCAUCAUAAAUGUUUUGUAGAGUCUGGAAGAAACAAAAUGGUUGCAGAUGGUAAUGUUAUUUGCUGGAGCCUGGGAAGGCUAGUUGAACAAUCAAUUUGUUACCUCUAUGGAGGCAUAUCUCAUUUUUGUAUAUAUUUCGAUUAAACUCCUGAGAUGAAUUUUUUGUCAUUUUUUCAGUUGGAUUUCAAUAGCCUGUACAUUUUGCAUCCUACACUACCUUAAACUAAUUGCUGAAUAAUACAGUCAUAUUGUCAACUUCUGAAACGAACCUGGCUAAAGCCAUCUUUGUCGUUCUCAGUUGCCACACAGGUUGGGGGGGGAGGAAAGCGGAAGUAUUGCUAGACUAAACAUGGAGCGGUCCCAUGAGAACCAAGGUCAUUCCCACAGGUGCUGGAAGGUGGAGAGAAGAAGUGUCACGGAGCCCGCCAAUUGCUUUCAUUGGGAAGUGUGAUCAGUUGCAUAAUAGAGGAGAGGAAAGUGUUAUAUUUAGUUACAUUGAAUUCCUGGGGGGAAUUUUAAGAGUUGGUUUCACUUUUGACUGUGCCUAUAUGUAUCCAAUAAACAUGUUCUUUGAGGAAGCUU